ACGACUGACUGUCUAGAUGUUUGAAAAUGAACGGAAACGAUAUUUCAAGAUUAUCGUACAAAGAAUUACAAGCCUUAGCUCUUAGAUAUAGAGUACCAGGUAACAUAAAGAAGAAAUUGCUGGUUAAAGUAUUGCAAGCUGCAAAAGGUGGCAAUGAAAACGAAGUUGGUCGGCUGUUACAAGAUCUCAAACAAACUCGUAAGAAGAAGGUAAGAAAAAUCCAAGUCGGAAAAUUAGGGUUAACCUCCACACCAUUACAUAGUCCUGAUUACGUUAUGGCCGAUGAUUAUUAUUGCCCGCAGCAGCAACCACCUUAUCAAUGGGUUGGAGCAGAAGAAGAAAUUGCAAGUAGAGAGGAUGAUGAUCAUAAAAUUCCACACUAUGAAGAGUUUAAACAAUUCUUGUUAAAGAGAAUACAGAGAGAAUUUCAAACGUAUGAUACAAAUAAUAAUGAAAUACAAGACUCAACAAUAGUGGACUUAAGAACAGCACCUGUUUUAUCUGAUGUGCAGAAAGUUCCUUUAAAUUCCAGUAAUUAUAUCAAAUCUAAUAUAAUUGCUGUUAAUAACACAGAUUCCUUUGUAUAUCAACCAAAUGAUAAUGUAGAAUAUCAAACAUUAGAGGACACAAAUAACAAUGUGCAAGGAUCUAUACUUUUAAAAAAAAUGUUGCAAGCACCAGUAGGUGCAAAUUUAGGAGAAAUAGCUAGUCCUGUGCUUGGAAGUUAUCGGUUUUGGUCAAUGGAACAAUAUCAGUCUAAUAACUUAUUAGAUAAUUCUGACACUUUAACUGCUGAAUCAGAUAAUCAAGACAAUGAGGAAAAUUUAGAAGGCAACACUGAAUGCUAUGGUCUUCUGAGUAGUAUUAAGGGAGAGUAUUUUUUAAAUGAACCAACAUUUGUGAAAAGUGUUGCAGAAAUUGGUCAACAAAUAUCCAAUGUCUUAACACAUGAAAAUAAUAAUGCAUAUAAAUAUCCUACUACAAAUAUUGGUAUGCAACAAGAAUAUGAAAACUGGACUAUCACCAAUGUCAUGGAGGCAACAGAUAACAAUUGUGUAUCGGAUGUUCAGUCUUCAAAAGUGUUUCAACCCAUUUAUUAUGAUAAUAUAGAAACUGAUCCUCUGAAUAAGCCUGAAAGUGAUGGGAGUUUAAUACAUCAGUACAGGGUAACAGAAAAUAUACAUUCUUACAGCUCAAAUCAAAAUUUAUUAGGUUUGAAUGCCACUGAAGAAAAUCAGUACAUCAUUCCUAAUGUGCAAUCUGAUUGUACUAACACAUAUUAUUUACAAAACUUAAUCAAAGGUAGUACAGAAACUAAUGCAGAAUAUUUACAAAAUACACAUUCAUUUACAAAUGCAACCAUAGAUCAAGAUACGUACACAUCUACCAUUUCUCAAACAUUUUCUAAUAGCAAUUGCUACAACUCUGAUUUACAAUAUAAAUAUUCAUGCUCACAAAAUAAUCAGGAAAGUAUUCCACUAUCUGGGCAUUUAGAACAAUGUCAGCAAAAUAGUAAUUCUACACAAACUGAAUCUAAUAUUGAAAAAAAUGUGUUAAGUGCAGCAGAAAAGGUCCAAACAAAUGGAGUACUAGAUCCAUUUUGGCCUAAAAAAUUAUCUAAAAUUUCUGCAGAUUCAAUUUUGGAGAAUAUAUUAAAUUUUAUUAAUACCAAACGUAUAGAUUUAUCAAAACUAGAACAAACAUCUUGUGUAUAUUGUUACAUUGCUCCUAUUGUUACACAUACACCAGUAUCAACAAAUAUAUCAUGUUCUCAAAAAGAAAAGUUUGUUGCAGAAUAUAGGCAACAUUCUUUUUCUCCGUAUUGGUUACUCUAUAAUGAUACUUCGUGCGGAAUGCGCAUGGCUAAUUUACAAACAGAAUUCGAAAAUCGUAUGGUAGAAAACUCGCCAGUUCUUUACACGCCAUCGUCAAACAGCAAUUCAGAAUUAAAAGACUCCGUUGAAGAGAACGAGGAUUCAAUUAUUGAUGUUUGGUCACAUAAUUAUUCCAAUUACGAAACAACAGCGGAAAAAGAUGCGCAUAUAUGCGAUGAUUUAAACGUUGAAGUAACAGAUUGUUUACUUUCGGUAAUAAAUACAGAUCGAUUGGUCGAUCAGACAGACAACGUUUCUAAGAGCCCAGCUCAAUAAAGAACAAGUUGCGCGUAUUACUGAUAGUACAUAGAAUUGUAUGUAUCAUUGUUAAAAAGAAA